AUGCGUCUGCUAGAUGCCAGAACGCUGGGGCUCGUCGACAUCACCGACGAUCGCGUCCCGCCUUAUGCCAUUCUGUCGCACACCUGGGGCGAUGAGGAAAUCACCAUUCAGCAGCUGCGGCGCCUUGGCGGCUGUUCGCAGAGCACGGCCACCGUCUUGAAAAAGGGCUACGUCAAGAUCGUAGGCGCUGCCCAGCUGGCUGUUAGUCGAGGGCUCGACUACAUUUGGGUAGACACUUGCUGCAUCGACAAGACCAGCAGCGCCGAGCUGUCUGAGGCCAUCAACUCCAUGUAUCUCUGGUACGAAAAGUCUGCCGAGUGCUACGCCUACCUCGCCGACGUCGAACCAGUCGCCGCUGCUGCGGAUGCUGGUGAGUUCCACGACAGCCUGCGCCGCAGUCGCUGGUUCACAAGAGGAUGGACGCUCCAAGAGCUUAUUGCCCCAAAGAUUGUCCUCUUUUACGCCAAGGAUUGGAGCUUUCUAGGACAGAAACAUGACCCGCCUGAAUUCGCAGAGGCGAUUAGCGAAAUCACCAACAUUGACGAAAAUGUCUUGAAUGGCAGGAUAGACCCUCUCCAGCUGAGCGUGUCUGCUCGCAUGGCUUGGGCAUCCCAUAGGAAUACCACGAGGCUCGAGGACACUGCGUAUUGCUUGAUGGGUUUGUUUCAAGUCAACAUGCCCCUUUUGUACGGCGAAGGGCGCCGUGCAUUUACACGCCUUCAAGAGGAAAUCAUACAACGCACUGACGACCAGUCCAUAUUCGCCUGGAAUUCCUUUGAUGACCAAGACGAAGAUCCGGAUGCUCUUUUUGGCUUGCUCGCGCAAUCCCCUGCCCAGUUCAAGCUUGCCGGCUCCUUGCAGGUUCUGCCGCCUUUGCCUGUGUAUGCAAGUGCGCCGUCGGCUAUGACGAACCAGGGUCUCCGCGUGCAGCUAUAUGUCCAGCAGCAG